AGUAAGUUGGCGGCACGCAAUUUAACACUAUCGUUAAGUUGUCCGCUUAGCAAGUGACAGUGGAAUUUUGCUUUAUGUCAUUUCGGUCGCACUGACACGGAACACAAUAAUAAAAAAUAAAUGUAAACAAUUUGAGUGUAUUCGCAAACCAAAUUUUAAUGUUUAGCUACACAUUGCCUUGCGGGGGUUUUAAAACCUCAACUAAACUCACAGAGACGCGCAUAUCCUUUGAUCCACCUGUUUACGAACAGCGCUACUGCUUGGCCAUUCAGAUUUUAGAAGAUGCGCGUUGGGUAAACGAAAUCAAAAAAGUCACCGAAUUCGGUUGCGCGGAGAUGCGAUUCUUCCAGCUGAUGCGACGCAUUGAAACUAUCGAGAACAUUUUGCAGGUGGACAUUGAUCAUGAUAUCUUAAAGACGCAUUUAAAUCGCACAAGUCCAUUGAUUUGUGAUUAUAUGAGGCAAAGGCUAACACCUUUGAAAGUACAAGUGCUGCAUGGCAGCGUUGCAGAUGCAUCGGAGGAACUCAGGAACACAGACGCUGUCAUAGCAUUAGAGCUCAUUGAGCAUGUGUAUGAGGACGUGCUGGCUAAGAUACCUGUAAAUAUUUUCGGUUUUAUGCAGCCGAAAAUUGUGAUUUUCAGCACUCCCAAUUUUGACUUUAAUACAAUAUUCACGCGCUUUAGCUCGCUGUUGCCAAAUGGAUUUCGUCAUGCUGAUCACAAAUUUGAAUGGACUAGGGAGGAGUUCAAGUCCUGGUGUUUGGGCAUAACUGAGAAGUAUACAAAUUAUAUGUUCUCGCUGCUUGGCGUGGGUGAUCCGCCCCAAGGCGAAGAAGCUGUGGGUCACGUUUCCCAAAUAGCUCUGUUUGUUCGCAAGGAUAUAUUGGGUAUGCCCUUGGCAGAACCACUAACAAUACAACCUCUUCCGGAUAGUAGCAUGUCCACCUAUAAAACCUUACGUGUUGUGGAUUUUCCAUUUCAUACGGAUGAACGCACGCCAGAGCAAAAAAUCUGGAAUGAAGUUGAAAAUCAGCUAUAUCAAUGUACCAAAGAUGAAAAUAAUUAUGAUACUGAGAGAUAUGCUUAUAAACUGUCCCUGGAUGAGCUAACGCAACGUUUGUCAUAUCUGGGCGCAACGCGUGAACUAUUGGCGAAGCUAUUGGAGCAGCAUGAGAAAACAGUUGAAAAUGAUUUUAUAUUUAUUGAGGAUAACGAAGAGACAGAGGAUAACAGAAAUUGGCCGGAACCAGUUUAUGAGCAGAACGAACAGAGUGAGGCAAUGCAAGCGUAUGUAGAGGAUGAAAAUUGGGAUGAGUGAAAUGAAUAAAUAUAUAUAUAUUUAUAUAUGUUGAUACAGCUUCUGUGAAGCUCUCUUUAAAAGGGCAAAGAAAAUGUGACUUGACAGAAUAUCUGAAUGCAUGU